AUGUCAACAUCGCCGCACCAACUCUUCCUCCUCGCCGACCACAUCAAACUCUCACUUCUCGAACGUCAACGCGCCCAAUCCCUCAAACUCCCAGGCAACAGCACAAAUGACGGUCCUCUAACACGAUCAUUGGAGUCUCUGCGCGCUGGUAUAGAAACCCUGACAUCUAAUGCCGAAGAGCAAGAAUCCUCAGGCGAAGAGUACUAUACACGGAUGGCAAUGCUGACUGAGGCGCGAACCAGUGUAUCCGACUUAAACACUCAACUAGACAAGCUGCGCAAACAAUACGAAGACUUGAAUGCGCAAUUCAACGGCCACACAACGACAACUUCUACAACGACACCAAAUGACAGCUCGCUGGCCCCUGAUUUCGCAGCCGCCAAGUCCACACCCACACGUAACAAGUCCGUUCGCUUCGAUCAACCUUACCGUGAUGCCUCGCCUGAGGAUGCCAAUCGAGGAAAACUCUUCACAUCGUCUUCGCAAGAGCCCUACACAGAUGAUGAGCCUGCCGUACCAGACCAGACGGAGAUGUCCAACCAGCAAAUCCACGCAUACCAUAAACAAGUGCUGUCAGACCAAGACGCUCAGCUUGAUCAAUUGUCAAGCAGUAUAGGACGUCAAAGGAUGUUGGGUAUACAGAUGGGAGAUGAGAUGGAUGAUCAAAAUGCCAUGCUCGAUGAUCUGGAAAGUGGUGUGGAUCGCUUCCAAGGAAAUCUCGAUCGUGCAAGAGGACGAUUGGGCAAGGUUGCGAGAAAGGCCAAGGACAAUUGGAGUUGGGUCACGAUUGGUGUUUUGAUACUGAUCUUGGUCUUGUUGCUGGUUAUUCUUAAAUGA